UUGAAUUCGAAAAACACAACGCAUUGUGAACGAAAAUACACAAAUGGCUAUAAAUUCAGGCGAACGAACGGCAAGCGGGUAGCAAAAAUGUGUAUUAAACGAGCUGAAAUGAACGAAAUGAAGACAAAAAGCGUUGAAUUCAUAUAAAAAGCAUCUUUAGCUGGCGAACAAAGUUUAAUCAGUUAAAAAAGCUCGACAAGUUGACAACGGGCAGCCGCCUUAGACGAUUAGACGAGAACGCGCGAUUGCAUUGAAAACAACAAAAACAAAAUAAAAUCGAAAAAAUAAUUAAUAAAAAGUUAAUAAAGGCAGAUGAAAUAAAAAACGCGUAAAACGACGAGCUGCCGAGCAUAAAUACACGUUCAAUAACAGACAAGCGAGUUGGCCUUUGAACGCGCGCGCGCCAAACGAAACGAAACGAAACGGUGUGUCAAUAAAGGAGCUGCCAGACACUUGAUUAACACGGCUACUUGCUGGUGUGUGUUCGUGUGUGUGCUUAUUGCAGUGACUUAGUGAUUGCACGGUGUCAACAAAAGACCCAAGCAACGAACUUGCAGUGCAAAAAAAAUUAAAAGAAUUUUGAAAAAUUUUUACGUUUGGCAAAAAUUGCAACGAAAUUGUUAGUGUGUGUGUGCUAUUAUUUACACUUGAAAGCUUUGAAACCUUUUCAGUUCAAACACCAUUCGAAAAGCGUUGGAAUUUCGCACCAGCGCCCUUACACAAACAAAUAUUUGUUUCGCCUAACAAACCGAGCAGCAAACAGCGCUUACCGCAAAAUGUGGCACUAUACACCCGCAAUCUGCCUGUGCGCCGCGCUCGCCGUCAUGCAAGCCGCCCGUGCCGCACAGCUGCCCAACUACGUGCCACCACAGUACUACCACUACCCGACGCCGCGCCAUCCGCUCAACAUACCCGCCAAUGUGGGGCAACAAUAUCAAUUCCAACAACAGUACUCCGCGUACGCGCCGCAACGUUAUGUACAACCUCAACAACAGCAACAACAAUACUAUCAACAAGCACAACCCUCCGCCAAGGUGACACAGCAAUUCUCCUCGCCUGCGCUGGAAAAUGCCGCCUUCACUUCAGCCCUCACCAGCCAGGGUUACACGUUUGGCGGCAAUAGCCUUGCGGCCGCAUCAGUGUCAGCGGCACGCGCGCUGCCCUCAGCGCUGUCGCUGCCACCAUCCAUUGCGCAGUCGCUUGAGUCCAGCAAUGAUAUUGCAUCGGAAGGCACCAUCGAUUCCUCGGAUUCCUCUGUAAAUCUGAAGUUACCGCUGCCAGUGAACAUAGCGCCCAUCAAGGUGCAACCGCUGCCACUGCAGGCGGGCGCUUCCUUCAGCGAGCUGGCCAACGCGGUGACUUCGUACGGCACCGUUUAUCCGCAGCGCAAGCGCCGCUGAAGCACUUAGCUUAGUUUUAUUGCGCUGCCUGCACUGCAUGUGGCGCUGAUGCAAAAGAGGCUGGUUAGUUCCGAGCUAAUUUCAUACAACUAGCAACAACAACAAGCAAGACAGCAAAGCAAUUUGUUUAUUUUUGUUGUGAUUUAGCUGAAGACCUAGGCGCUGCUCAUCAUCAAUCACCAGUCAUAGUUUAAGUUCUACGUUGCGGAGCGGUGUUCUGCUCUGCCGUUAAAUAUAAGUAACUGUUAAAUUUAUUGCUAACACGAUUGCCAACACAUACAUACAUACACGUUCAAUAGAAAUGGUGACGUUGCAGCCGAAAUUGUGCACUUUUGGGCAUUUUACUUUACGAAGCACAAUUUUUGUUUUCUUAAGGAGUUGUAUAGUGAAUAAUUAAAUAUUUUAUAUUUUUUAAAAUUUCUAAA